AUGGGCAGGCGCAGCGCCAAGAUUGCGACACGCAAGGGCAAGGCGGACGCGCAGAAGAGCAAGCUGUACGGCAAGAUCGGCAAGCAGAUUGCGCAGGCGGUGCGUCAGGGUGGCCCCGACGCGCUGGGCAACCUGCGGCUGCGCGACGCGCUGGCGGCCGCCAAGAUGGCGCAGGUGCCUGUGGACAUCAUCGACCGCAACAUCAAGCGCGCCUCAGAGUCAAAGGCAGACUACACGGAGAUGACGUACGAGGCGUACGGCAUUGGCGGCACUGGCUUUGUCAUCGAGUGCCUGACCGACAACAUCAACCGCUCCGCCUCAGACGUCAAGGCCGCCAUCACCAAGGCCGGCGGCAAGGUGGCGGACCCCGGCAGCGUGCUGUUCAACUUCCAGCGCCAGGGCCUCGUCAUGGUGGAUGGCAGCGAGGGCGAGGACGCGGUGUUUGAGGCGGCCAUGGAGGCAGGAGCUGCAGACAUCCAGCAGCACACCGACGAGGACGGCGCGGUGGUGGGGUUCAAGGUGCUGACGGCGGUGGAGGACUAUGGCGCGGUGAGCAGCAGCCUGGCGGAGCAGGGGCUGAAGCUGCAGCCCGAGGCCUCCGGGCUGGUGUAUGUGCCGCUGGUGCAGCAGGAGGUGGACGACGAGCAGUUUGAGGGCAACGAGGCGCUGCUGGAGCGGCUGCUGGCUGUGGAUGAUGUGGAUGCAGUCUACACAACCGUGGCGGGGCUGGAGUGA